CGCGGCCCUGGGCGACUGCGGCGGCGGCGCGGCGGGCAGAUGAAGCUGAGCUGGCUGUUCCAGAAUGCACCAAAGCCCAGAGAAGGGGAAGUAGCUACCCCGCUGGUUCUCUGCUAUGGCCUGUGAACCUCGGAUAGGCCCUGGCGGGGCGGCCGGCCCCUUGCCCACCUCCUCCCCCCGCUGGAGUGCCCUGCCUGUGGGGAGCCCUCCUGGCUGGGGGCAAGAGCUGCGCAAUGGCCAGGUCCUCACAGUUCUCCGCAUCGACAACACCUGCGCACCCAUCGCCUUCGAUCUGGGAGCCGCGGAAGAGCAGCUGCAGACCUGGGGCAUUCAGGUCCCGGCUGAGCAGUACAGGAACUUGGCCGAGAGCGCCCUCUUGGAGCCCCAAGUGAGGAGAUACAUCAUCUACAACUCCAGGCCUGUGCGGCUGGCCUUCGCUGUGGUGUUCUAUGUGGUGGUGUGGGCCAACAUCUACUCCACCAGCCAGAUGUUUACCCUGGGGAACCACUGGGUGGGCGUGCUGCUCGUGACCCUGGCGGCGGCCAGCCUGACCCUGACUCUCAUGCUCAUCUUCGAGAGACACCAGAGGAAGGCCAACACCAACACGGACCUACGGCUGGCAGCUGCCAACAGAGCCCUCCUGCGACACCGGGUGCUGCUCGGGGUGACGGACACGGUGGAAGGCUGCCAGAGUGUGAUUCAGCUCUGGUUUGUCUACUUUGACCUGGAGAACUGUGCGCAGUUUUUGUCUGAACACGUUCGAGAAAUGAAGACUAGCCAGGAGUCCGUGCUGAGAAGCAGGCUGAGCCAGCUCUGUGUUGCCAUGGAGACCGGGGUGAGCCCCACGACGACGGCGGAGGGGCCUGAGAACCUGCUGGAGGAAGCUCCUCUCCUGCCCAGCAGCCCGCAUCCUGCAGAGAGGCCUCUCAUGCAGACCGAGUUUCACCAGCUUGUUCCUGAGGCUGAGCCGGAGGAAAUGGCCCAGCAGCUGCUGGCAGUGUUCGGCGGCUACUACAUCCGGCUCCUGGUGACCUCCCAGCUCCCCCAGGCAGUGGGGACACGGCACACAGACUCUCCGAAGGUUCCAUGUCCCUGCCAACUCAUAGAAGUCCACAUCCUGGGCACAGGAUGCUGCCCGUUCCUGGCCAGGUGACCCAGGGAUGAAGGCACUCACCCUCCUCCAAGACGGAAGGUGGGAAGUCAGGGGGCCUCAGGAGCUCGAGGCAGCCAGUGGCGAGCCGUGGGAGAGAAGCAUCUGGGGGCACU